AUGGCAGCUCGCCUCGCGGGUGCGUGCGCGACUCCGCCGUUGGCGGCGGUGGGUGCGGCGAAGCGUGCGAUGUCAGCGGCACCGUUCCGCCAGGCAGGUGUGCAUGAGUGCGACGAGAACAAGUUUGUGGACGAAGAGGAGGGAGGUGAGGAGCAAGCGGGACCUGCGCUGCUGCCUGUCGUGGUGGGGAAUGAUAUAUUUUACCUGGAUCCUCGAGCGGUGAAAAACUUAAGAGAGAACAUGAUGGCUGCACUACAGGCAUCUCUGAAGAACCCUCCCAUCAACAGAAAGAACCAGGCAGUGAAGGGGCCGCGAAGGCCAGAGGCCCGCUUCGGCCCGAUCCUGACGAAGAAAGGGACAACGCCCAAAGCUUCGAACUUGGCUGAAUGUCCCACAGUGGAGCACUUCAAAGAAGCAGCUGUGCUGAACCUCAGCUGUAGAGGUACUCUGGAACUGGGAAGACUUCACUCUUUCAACUGCAAAUCUCCCCACUUUUGGAAGCCCCUGAGCAGAGAGCACCGCCUCCGGCAGCCCGCGCCCCGCUUCCCUCACGGGGAGCCGCCGAGCGGCAGCGACAGACCCGCGCCGGGACCGUGCGGCGUCUUCCCGCUCACCGCGGAGGACGGCGGUGGCGGCGCCGUGGCUGCGGUGCGGGACGUCGAUGUGGACCCCGAGGGAAGCUUCAGGUAGCUCCUGGUGCGCCUGGAGGAGCGGCGCAUAGUCCGCGGCACCAAGGCGGCCGAGUUCCACAGUCACAUAUUUGAGAAACUAAAUCUUGAAAUGAAAAAGCUGGGGUAUGAGUGCAAGAGCCUCGGAGGAAGGAAAGUUGAUCAUGAUAGCAAAGACAAGAAAAUUAGGGUAAUUGGGCUCUCUACAGGCUGUGGAAAAGCAGAUCUCUCUGUGACUCUGGAGGUACUGAAGAAAGUGUACACAGGUUAUAAAAUUACUUGGGCAGAUGACAAGAAAUACCUCAGCUACUUCUGAACACAGACAGUUCAAACCUGGUAACUGUGUGAGCUCUACUUUGAUAAAUAUAGCUGCAUGUGUCUAUGCUACUAUAAAUCUGGAGUAACUGGACUCUGCUGUAACUCAUCAUACAGUUGCUAAGUCCCAGAUCGUUUUCAGAACGUGUUUUUGUUCAGAAUUUGCAUUUCUAAGCAUUUUUUCCUCUGCUUUUGGUAUGUCAUCUAAUUAAACACACUCAUACCUUA